CAGCAGAACCGCUUCAGUAUGAGUGACGCAAAUACGAAGAAACACAUAUGGCAGGUUCAGAAUCAGCUGGAGAGGCCAGCAAACGUCAGCCGAUCCGCGGGUCUGACUCUUCCACAAAGCUGACUUCCUCGAAGAAUAUUAUUACAUGUACACAAGAGAACACUCCAUUAAUCGAGUCGAUGACAACUGUUGGAGCCCAACGUACAGUUACACAGCAGAUAACAAAUUAAACGGUGUCAAAGGAGAGCUCAAACGUCACCCCCACCCCUCGGUCCAGACAGCAGCAGAUGCUCCAUCAUCUGGCAGUAAGUUAGCCACUCUGCUAGCAGUUGGCUAACGCUAGCCCUCUCAUCUAACUUGUUUGUUGUGAGUCAGAAAGUAUUUCACAGCUCAUUUUACUGGACUUAGUAACUAACAACACAACUACCAUAACAACAGGCCAUACAAAUUGCAAUCCCUCGGUCCUCUAAUCUAGCCAACAUGAAGCUGACAGUGAGCACCGCCCCUCUGAGUUUUCCAGGUCUGGUUUGUGAUGGUGUGAAGCCUGCCAACUUUGCGCAAUACUCAAAUUGACACUAUUUCAUACUGUUAUUAUGUGCCUGGUAAAUGUAAACCUACGUUAACUAGAGGUGCAAUAACAGGCCGGGUCUCUGGUUUAUUGAAUGGAGCCAGUGACCUGUCAGUCUUGACUGAUGGGACCCCGUGUGUGGGAAAAUCCCUCAGCCAAAGAGUUUGACCAUUCACAUGCUAAUUGCGCCCUAUAAAUAAGAGGACCGUGCCGCGCCGAGGGCCCUAGAGACGCACUGAGAUUCAGAGAAGAGACACUAAAACGCACAGGCACCCAAGAAAAAAAAAACAUGACUGCUUCUUCUGUGGCGCACAACGUGGGGAAACAUCCCAGUGCGAAGGAGGAGAGAAAGCUGAGGAAGCCGCUGAUCGAAAGGAAACGACGGGAGAGGAUAAAUAAUUGUUUGGAUCAGCUAAAAGAGACAGUGAUCGGCGCGUUCAGACUUGACCAAUCCAAACUGGAGAAGGCGGACAUCCUGGAGAUGACAGUGAAACAUCUGCAGAACAUCCAGAAUAACAAACUCAGCGACCCCACAUUAGGCCUGGAGGCCCAGCAGAAAUACAGCACAGGUUACAUCCAGUGCAUGCAUGAGGUCCACAACAUGCUCCUCACCUGUGAAUGGAUGGAUAAAACUCUCGGCUCCCGUUUGCUCAACCACCUCCUCAAGUCUCUGCCCAGGUCCACAGAUGAGCGUGCCCUGCAGCCCACUCCAAGACAUGAGGUCCUCCCUCUGGGCAGCCAAGGCACAGGACUCCCCAAUACACCCCUCAGAGGAGACCCCCUAUCUGGGAGACAGGUCCAGAGGGAGGGGCCCACCUGCCAUGUGGCUGGACGUCAGGAGAGAGCGGUGCUCCACAGCUCCCACAUAGGGAUGUUGGAGAUGUGGAGGCCAUGGUGAACUGAUGGAUUAAUGAUCUCCAUUUUGGUAGCCUAUCCUCUGUUAUGUAUCUUAUAGAUAUGCUGCUCAGAAGAACCAUGUGGGGCAGUUUUGUUCCAGUGAUAAUUAUUGUAGGUGUGCUAUAAUGAUUCUAUACAGACCUUUUCUCAGUACUUCCCUUCAGAAGUCAACUUCUUGUAGCCUGCAUUAUAGAAGGCUUUUAUUAAUCUUUCAUCUAUUUAUUGUAUUAACAGCUUUAUUUAUUGAUGUUAUAAGGCUUGACUUUGUUUCUAGACUACUUGAACUACAUAGAUAAUUUUUUUUAUGUUCUCCUCUUUUCUGUAUAAU